AUGACCACUGUGGAUAAAGAAAAAUAUAAAUGUAUACUUCCGCUGAUAGCAAGUGGCAAUGAGGAAGAAGAAAAGGACUAUAAAGGACCUACUCCAGGAGAAUUGCUGGAACCUCUUUUUAAGCAGAGUAGCUGUUCAUAUAGAAUUGAAUCUUACUGGACUUACGAGGUCUGCCACGGAAAACACAUCCGCCAAUAUCACGAGGAGAAGGAAACUGGACAGAAAAUAAACAUCCAAGAAUACUAUCUGGGGAAUAUGAUGAUAAAGAACCCAUUAUCAGAACCAGAUCAAGAAGAGAAGGAAAAUCCAAAAGAGAGUGCAAAAGAGAUACCUACAAAAAAUAUAGAAGGGCAGAUGACCCCAUACUAUCCUGUAGAAAUGGGAAACGGCACGCCUUGUAGCUUGAGACAAAACCUACCCAGAUCAAGUACAGUGAUGUACAUCUGUCAUCCAGAAGCUAAACAUGAGAUUCUUUCAGUAGCAGAAGUUACAACCUGUGAAUAUGAAGUGGUUAUAUUGACACCUCUGUUGUGCAACCAUCCUAAAUAUAGGUUCAGGGCUUCCCCCGUGAAUGACAUCUUUUGCCAGUCUCUGCCAGGAUCCCCGCUUAAACCCCAUAACCUGGAACAGCUGGAGAAACAGCAAGAAAUGAUGAAGGUGCCUUUUAGAAGGGUUAAGGAGUAUCAAGAAGAAAUGCAUUCAACAAAAGAAGAGAAAUUUUCUUCCAUUCAUAAGCCUGUUGCUGUUGGGAGCCACCAACUAUUAACAGUGGGAACAACCCACAUCUCCAAAUUGACCGAUGAGCAGCUUAUAAAGGAAUUUCUUAGCGGUUCCUACUGCUUCCAUGGGGGUGUUGGCUGGUGGAAGUACGAAUUCUGCUACGGCAAGUAUGUUCAUCAGUAUCAUGAGGAUAAGGAAAGUGGCAAGACCUCUGUGGUCGUGGGUACCUGGAGCAAGGAGGAACACAUCGAGUGGUCCAGGAAGAACGCUGCUAGAACCUACUACCUGAGAGAGGACGGCACACAGACGGUGAGGAUGGUGUCUCACUUCUAUGGAAACGGAGAUGUUUGCGACUUAACAGACAAGCCAAGGCAGGUGACCGUGAAAUUGAAAUGUAAAGAAUCUGAUUCCCCUCACGCUGUGACCAUAUACAUGUUAGAGCCUCAUUCGUGCCAAUACAUCCUUGGGGUGGAGUCCCCGGUCAUCUGUAAAAUUCUGGACACGGCAGAUGAGUACGGGCUCCUUUCAGUGCCCAGCUGA